CCCUGAGCAGCGCUCCAGUCUGACACACGCGCUCACGGACCACCCGCUGACGUCUCGGGGAACACGGCCAUCUGACAGACAGCUGUCACCAGUACGGAACCAGUAUAAGUGUCAAAGUAGCGUUAUACCAGUGAUCCACGGGUCGUUACCUCUAUCUGUCGAUUGAUUUCUGCAAAUCAUUUUGAUAUUUCCGUUGACGCACCUGGCAACUUGAACCUCCGUGGGGCUAAAGGUAGAAGGACUGGAGCUGGUGAGGUUGGAUUGCACUGUUUAUCCAUGAGACCUGGGAUCGAUACAUAACAGGGCUGUUAUCAGCAUUGACUCGCGUCCACCUGCACCGGCAUAGAUCUGUGCGGCUGCAGAUCGCUGUGUUUUCAUCUGGACUGCCAUGCCAACACUUCCAGGAGCACUCGGAAAUAGUCUUGACCUUACUUCAUGGGACUAUAUUUUGUUUACAUUCUCAAACGACUCCCAACACUGAAGGCCGUAUGACCAGGGGCUCGACCGCCGUAUACCACUCCCAGUUCACCCACUAGUCGACCAGUGAAUUCCUUCAGUUAUGUCAGACAACCAGAGCUGGAGCUCUUCUGGCUCUGAAGAGGACCUGGAGUUGGACUCGGGGAACCCGGUCGGGGUGGUGGAGUUCAGUGGGAUUCUCAGUAAGUGGACCAACUACAUCCACGGCUGGCAGGACCGGUGGGUGUCGCUGAAGAACAACACGUUGAGUUACUACAAGUCCCAAGAUGAGAGAGAGUACGGAUGCCGCGGGUCGCUCUGCCUCAGCAAGGCUGUCAUCGUGGCCCAUGAGUUUGACGAGUGCCGUCUGGACAUCAGCGUGAACGACAGCUUGUGGUACCUGAGGGCCCAGGACCCUGAGCACAGAAACAAAUGGAUCGACUCCAUCGAGGUGCACAGGAGUAUCCGAGACGGAAGGAGGGAGAAGGCCGGCCAGGGGACAGUGGCCCUCGUCCCCCCCAUCAUGGCCGAGUCCGGCUACGGCUCCGAGUCCAGCCUCCGGCGCCACGGCUCCAUGAUGUCACUCACCUCCGCCAACAGUGGCGUCUCCUCCACCUCCUCCUCCUCCUUCAAAAAGGGCCACAGCCUCCGGGAGAAGCUGUCUGAGAUGGAGACCUUCAGGGACAUCCUCUGCAGGCAGGUGGACACACUGCAGCGAUACUUCGAUGGCUGUGCCGACGUGUCCAGAGACGUCCUGGAGAGGGACAGAGUGGUGGAGGAGGAUGAGGAUGACUUCCCAAGCCCUCGGACGAGUGGAGAGUUAGUGCACAACAACAAUGGCAGCAAGGAAAAGUUGUUCCAGCCUGUGAGUCCCAAGGGGGUGAAUGGCAUAGACUUCAAAGGCGAAGCCAUCACAUUCAAAGCCACCACGGCUGGUAUCCUGGCCACCCUGUCCCACUGCAUCGAGCUCAUGGUCAAGAGGGAGGACAGCUGGCAGAAGAGACUUGACAAGGAGAUGGAGAAGAGACGUCGCAUCGAAGGCGGCUACAAGUCGACGCUCAAUGACCUGAAGAAAUCCCACUACAGAGGUCCCGACUACGAGGAGGGUCCCAACAGCCUCAUCAAUGAUGAUGAGUUUUUUGAUGCAGUCGAAGCGGCACUGGACAGGCAGGACCUGAUGGAGGAGCAGUCUCAUUGUGAGAAGACCAGGCUACAUAGGUCCAUCCCAGUUCCCUCUGAGGACCUCUACUCAUCCACUGGUUCCCAUCGCUACUCUGACAAGGUGGAGGAGAUGGUGCAGAACCACAUGACCUACUCCCUCCAGGACAUGGGCGGGGACGCCAACUGGCAGCUGGUGGUGGAGGAGGGGGAGAUGAAGGUGUACAGGAGGGAGGUUGAGGAGAACGGUAUUGUGCUGGACCCUCUGAAGGCAACUCACUCCGUCAAGGGUGUGACCGGCCACGAAGUCUGCAACUACUUCUGGGACACAGCCUACCGCAACGACUGGGAGACAACCAUCGAGAACUUCAACGUGGUGGAGACCUUAUCCGAGAACGCCAUCAUCGUCUUCCAAGCCCACAAGCGCGUGUGGCCCGCCUCCCAGCGCGACGUCCUGUAUCUGUCCGCCAUGAGGAAGAUUCCGGCGCACAACGAGAACGACCCCGACACCUGGCUGGUGUGUAACUUCUCGGUGGACCACGAGAACGCGCAGCCGUCCAGCAGGUGUGUCCGGGCCAAGAUCAACAUCGGCCUGAUCUGCCAGACCCUGGUGAGCCCACCAGAGGGAGACAAGGAGAUCAGCAGAGACAACCUGGUGUGUAAGAUCACAUACGUCGCCAAUGUGAACCCCGGGGGCUGGGCUCCGGCCUCGGUCCUGAGGGCGGUGGCCAAGAGGGAGUACCCCAAGUUCCUCAAGCGCUUCACCUCCUACGUGCAGGAGAAAACCGCUGGAAAGCCCAUACUUUUUUAAGGAUAAAGUGUACCUCACCCUGCAGGGAAACUGAAGUGGAACCCAAGCUCCGAGCUGAGAUAAAUGAAGCCACGCUCCCGCCAUGCUACCUCGCUAGGUAGUUUCUACUCCCUUUAGCUUUGGCGUAGCAUCCUUGCUACUUGUUAGAGGUUCUUGUUAUUCUCCGUGGCUACAGUGAACGUCCUUUGGGAGGAAGGCUGCACCUCAGUCACGCUCUGAUGGGUACUUUUGCACAGGAAAUGACUUGUCUUCCCCCAUUGCUACUUUUUUCUAAAUGAGUCAUCAUAUGGGAAUAAUUAGUCUUGGAUUACGUGUUUGUUUAUGCAUUUAGGCUUGAUGGCUUCGCAUUGUUUCUUGGUGGGGAGAAAUUAGUUUGGAUAAAUUAUAGUAUGAGCAGUGGAGGUUAGAAGACACUUUAGACAUUCAAGGCAAUACUAUGCAAGCUGCCAUGGAGUUGCAAAAGACUGCUCUUUAAUAGCUGCCUACACACUAUCUCCUUUGAAUUGUCCCACAAAUCCCCCAUCAUUCUCUACUGAAUGAUGGAUAAAGCAUUUCAUUUGAGCA